CCAGAAAAGGAGGAUCAGGCUAAUUUAAACUUUCCCUAUUGACCCGUCAGCCGCAUUCUGAUUGGCUCAAAAGUGUGGGAAACAGAAGACGCGCAAGAUCAGGGCGCAUAUAAAGGGCCACUUUAGGAGAAGAAACACACACGAUCAAGUGACAGCACACACACUGCAGUAAGAAUGGCGCCUACUGUUUGCAAACUCACUCUGGCUGGAAAGGAUAAAACUAAAAUGAGGAAACCAGUGGUGGAGAAGAUGCGCAGAGAUCGUAUUAACAGAUGCAUCGAACAGCUAAAAGUUCUUCUGAAAGCCGAGAUAAAAGCCAGCCAGCCCUGCUCUAAACUAGAGAAGGCUGACGUCUUGGAAACGGCUGUCAUUUACCUGAAGAACAACACGUGCCCGCGGGCGUCGUCUCCGAGCGCGGAUGCGCAUGCGCAGAGCUACGCCGACGGUUUCUCCAAGUGUAUAGAGGAGACGGCGCGAUUCCUGUCGUUUCACAACCAGCAACAGAUCACCAAGCCAGUUUUAAUGGGACACUUUGACGGAACCCAGCGAGCCAAAGUGAGCGCGCAAGACAGCUGUAAGGUCGCGUCAAAAAGCACCAGAGAACAGGCGCUUUGGAGACCCUGGUGAUCUUCAUAGCAUCCUUAUGAAGACUCGCAGAGAACGGACUGUUUUCUCCAAGUAAAACAUCAUUUUUAUAAAAUGUUGAUGUAGACAGCAGCUGUCAUGCCGCAGAGAAUGUACCAGUCUACCCUAUGCCCGAGUCUGAGAGCUCGCAUUACUUCACCUGUGUGGAGAUGAACUUCACUUACAUAUUGUAAAAAUGAGUACUGUGUCACCUCAUUCUGUUUCUGUUGAAAAUAAUCUUUUAAAUGAGAUUCGUAACCUUUAGAGGUGUUAAAUCUGUCAUAUUGAUGGAAGUGUGUAAAUGUGUCUCAUGUUGAGUUCAGGAUAAAAAUAAACUAAAGU